AACAGCUCGCUUCUCGCUAGCUACAGUUACAUCAAUGUGUAUAAACUGGCCGUAAAGCCCUGAAACAAGAAACCACUGGAUGAUACAGACCCUGUGGGAGCUGCUCAGAGUCUUCACCCACAGAGCUUCAUGUGCUCCACAGCUAAACUCAACACGGAAACGUAUUGGUAGAGAUGAAGCUGGCUCAUAACAAACGGUAGCAUGCAUGGGAAGCAGUCGCCUGUGGAGGAUACAAGCCUGAAGCUGUCCCCUGAAUCCACUGAUAGCAAACCAAACCAAGAAGGCUGAGGCAACAGUGGCACCAUGUACUCAAGCCCAAAUCAACCCAUGAAGCCCAGUUGUAACAGCAGCAGCAUCACUGAGCUGCUGGGUACCCUGUGUGACUGCAGCCUGUCUGGAGUGUCAUGGAAGCGUCGAGCCCUGGGUGGAGUCUCAAAGGAAGGAUUCCGUAGGGCUCUCAAGAGGCGUGCUUACGAUGCCCUGCUCUCCAAACUGUUUCUGGAUGGCAGCAAAGUUUCAUCCUCAGGACCGAGUGCCACCGCUCAUGCGCCGCCCAGAAACAGAGUCCUGAUGAUAUGCUUUGACUUGCGGGUGGCAGGGUGCAGAGAGGAAGCAGAGAGGUUGGAGGACCAGCUCGGGAGGCUGCCGGAGGAAGCGUCCUCUGGCCUGAAGGAAAUAGACGCAGUUCUUGAGCUCCUUGUGCACCUGGCUGGUUCUGCACCUCCACCCUCUACCUCUUUUAACAGGGACUACAUGAGACGAGAGCGGCCCGUGCUGCGGAGGCCUCAACCCUGGGGCUACCAGAGCGAAGAGCUUCAGCGGCUAGAGGCCAGGGCUUGGGGGCUAGUGUGCGGGGAGGAAUGGGGGACUUUGGAGAGUUUCUGUGAAACUCAGGGGUUGAUGGAUGCCCCUCCAGGUACAGGGCUGCUAGCUCUGAGGACCAAAUCGGAAGUGGAAGAAAAAUUUGAAAAGGACACCAGGAUGACACUGUUUGGAGCACUGCAGCACACUCGCACUUCAGACAUAGAUAUAAGACUGGACCUGCCUCCUGUUCCCAGUAAUAUUGAUGUGACUGGGCUGGCUAUCAGGGUCCCCCCCUGUUUAGAUCAGUCUGAGGAUGAGGGCUUCCAGUCGUCGUCCAACCUGACCCCAGACUCUCAGUCAGAGCCCAGCCCCGUUCCAGACAUUGAUAUAUGGGAAGCUGCCCGCACUUUUGAGCCCGGAAGACGCCGCUGUUGGGAGUCUGUGGGACGCCCACCAGGGAAAAGUGAGUCUCUCUACCUAACAGAGGGAGGCAGGGAGGCCUUCGACCAGCUCUAUCGUCUUUGGGAGGGGGAGAUGAGGGUGGUGAGCACUGGGACCCUCUCCCCUGUCCUCCCGCUGGACUCUCAGACACAACUGGUUUCCAACCUCCUCAAUGUCCUGAUCGGAGUGGCGUCCACAACCUUCCCUCUUAACCAGAGUAUUCAGUUUGACGUCAGGCCUGGAGUGUGCAUCUCGGGAGCCUCUCCAGAGAGCGUGUCUCGUCUCCUGAGGGAGGUGGCCCAGUAUGGCACCAACUACUUGAGGCUGAGUAACUUUACUCUGAAGAGUGCCGACAAGAAGGGCCUAGUCUUCCAGGCUUUUACAGGAGGUCUCAGGAAGUAUCUGCAUUACUACAGAGCUUGUGUUCUCAGCACUUCACCCACACUCAGCCUGUUGACCAUCAGCUUCCUCUUUCGUAAAGUUGGCCGCCAACUCAGGUACCUGUCAGAGCUGUGCUGUGUUGACGGGCCUUUGGGUGUGGGCCAGGCUACCUUCCCUGCAGGUGUUAAACUGCUGUCCUACCUGUACAAUGAAGCACAGCAUAACUGCGGCAACGAGAACUAUCCGGUCCUGCUGUCGCUGCUGAAGAGCUGCUGUGAACCCUACACAAGGUUUGUGUAUGACUGGGUGUAUAGUGGCGUGUUCCGGGAUGUUCAUGGCGAAUUCAUGAUCCAGGUCAACGAGGAGUACCUCAGCUCCAGAGACAAACACUUCUGGAUCCAAGGCUACACUCUGAUCUCUAAGGAUGUGGAGGAUUGUGUUCCCAUCUUCCUCAAACACAUCGCCAAUGAUGUGUACGUCUGCGGAAAAACCAUCAACCUCCUGAAGAUCUGCUGCCCACAGCACUACAUCUGCUGGUCGGAGCUGCCGGUGCCUCGCAUUGCUGUCACCUUCUCCCUUCAGGAGGUGGAGGAGAUCGAGAAGGACUGCGCUGUGUACCGCGGACGCAUGGAAAGGAUUGCCAAGCAUAGCGCCAUCAGCAGGGAGGAGCAGGCCCUGCGUACAGAGCAGGCACGCCAAGAGCUGAUCAAUCAGGUCAGAGCGUCAACUGCCAAAACUCUGGAAAGCAUCCGUGGACGUCAGGUGUCACAACGUCUGGCUGAAGAGGCCAAGAAGAGGGAGCGUUUUGAGGAGUGUAAGCAGCAUCUGGAGCAAGAGCAAGAGUGGCGGAGUGCAGCCAAGAAGAAGCAGGAGGAGGAUGAUUUCAGCUUUGCCAGAGAGCUGAGGGACAGAGAGAAGAGACUACAAGCCCUGGAGGAGCAACUGGAGCAGACAGCCAGGAAGGAACUGAUUGCUCAGUACAGCCAUCUGUCAGAGGAAGCUGCCCGCAGAGAGAGACGAGCCUUGUGGAGGGUGCAGCGAAUGAGACUAGACGAAGCACGAGCUCAGUUCUUUAUUCACGACAGAGAGCACACUGAGGCAUUAGUCGAGAAAUAUCCUUUAGGACAGGAGGGACCUCCUGUGGAAGUUCUGCCUCCUGUUUACUCAACAGAACAGUCUGAACAACAACAGGAGCUGUCAGAGCAGCAGCGUGUUGAGAUGCAAGAAUCUGACGCUGUACCUUCACCCCCACCCGACCCAUCAUCAUCACCCAUCAUCCACCUCACAGCAGACCCUGCCUUCAUCUCUGAAGCAAUCGAUAUCAAGGAUUUCCUCCCCAAAUCACCUAAUCCUGACAGUCAACAAGUGGACGUGGCCCUACAGGAGAUCGGUUCUGACCUAUCUGAAGUGUGCCCAACAGCACAACUAGUUGACUAUGACUUCAGUGCCCCCUUUAGUCCACUCGAGGGUAUCGCUGGCCAAGCCUCAGUUCUGCCCCGGCCUCACUGGGGACCCGCAGUCCAGCCUGACUUGAUCCAAAACCACCCGUCUUUCUCUCACAUCCCCAUCGGUGAGAAUAUGUCCCAAGUCAUGGAGAAUGUCCCCAAAGUCAGCCUCUUCGGUCAAGCUUCCAAAUCUAGCUUUCCUCUUGGCCGGUAUACCCCGUUGGAGCCUCGAACUACAUCUAAAGCCAGUGUUUAUGAUUAUUUCUCUCAAGCCACAGCAGAGCAAAUAGACAGGACUGGUACAGCCACAGAUGACAAGCAGGAUGAAUUUGUCCUCACGGCAGAACAGGACACUAAAAUGGAGAUUUUAGAAAUGAAAGUAGAUGAAAAAGAAGAUGAACAAAAAACUACUGAGCUGGCUGCAGAUGUUGUUCCCCCCCAACCAUCAUCCAGCACCCAUGGACACUCCUCUGACGCUAACAUAAAGGUCGGGCAGUUUGUAUCCGAGGUUCCUGCUCCUCUAUCGUUUCCCAACAUCCACGGCCAUGCCUCAGACUCCCACAUUCAGAUUCAAGGACAUGUUUCAGGUGUCAAUGCUCCCCUACCUUUCCCCAGUGUCCAUGGUCACUCUUCUGAUUCUCAUUUUAAAGCUGGGGAAAAUGUCUCAGACAUUGUCGCUGUUUUUCCUUCUUCCAAUGUCCACGGUCAUGCCUCGGAUGCCCACUUCAACGUUGGGGAGAUGGUUUCUAACAUAGAUGCGCCUCUGCCCAACCCUAAUGUUCAUGGUGACAAGCAGGAUGAAAUUGUCAUUACGGCACAACAGGACACUAAAAUGGAGAUUUUAGAGAUGAAAGUAGAUGAAAAAGAAGAUGAACAAAAAACUACUGAGCCUUCGAAAGAAGAUGGUGUGACAGUUACUGCCCCCUUCACCCAACCAGAGCAAGGCAAUGGUGACCACAAAGUUUUGACAAGUGUUUCUGACUUGAGUCGGGGGAAAUCCCUUGAGAAAAACACUCAAGACCAAAUCUCAGAUGCUCAAAACAAAGGCGAUAGAAAUGUUUCUUUGACAAAUGUUCACACUCAUGUCUCCAGAGAGCUGGCUGCAGAUGCUGUUCCCCCCCAACCAUCAUCCAGCACCCAUGGACACUCCUCUGACGCUAACAUAAAGGUUGGGCAGUUUGUAUCCGAGGUUCCUGCUCCUCUAUCGUUUCCCAGCAUCCACGGCCAUGCCUCAGACUCCCACAUUCAGAUCCAAGGACAUGUUUCAGGUGUCAAUGCUCCUCUAGCUUCCCCCAGCGUUCAUGGUCACUCUUCUGAUUCUCACUUUAAAGCUGGGGAAAAUGUCUCAGACUUUGUCGCUGUUUUUCCUUCUUCCAAUGUCCACGGUCAUGCCUCGGAUACCCACUUCAACGUUGGGGAGAUGGUUUCUAACAUAGUUGCGCCUCUGCCCACCCCUAAUGUUCAUGGUCACAGCUCAGAUGCGCAUAUCAAAGUUGGGGAGAAUGUUUCUGAAAUUGUUGCACUGAUCCCUACUGCAAAUAUCCACGGUCACUCUUCUGAUGCAAAUAUGAAAGUGGGCGAGAUGGUCUCCAACGUAUCUGAAGCAAUACCUCGUUUCAGUCAACACGGGCAUGUCUCGGACUGCACACUCCAGCCAGGCUGUCAUGUGUCAGGGGACAAACCUACCUUGUCCACUUUACCCGGCAGUUCUUAUGGUCACUCCUCAGACUCGACGUUAGGUGUAGGAUGUGUAGUUUCGGGAGAAGAACCAAAAUGUCCUCCAAUGCCUGGCAGUGCCCACGGUCAUUCCUCAGACUCCAAUCUAGGUGUCGGAUGUGUUGUGUCCAAAGCUGGACCCCUUCCAUCGCCCCUGCCUGGCAGCACUUACGGCCACUCCUCUGAUUCGUCGCUGGGUAUAGGUUGUACGGUGCUGGGGACUCAGCUGCAACCAUCCUCACUACCAGGCAGUGUUUAUGGCCACUCAUCAGAUUCUUCACUUGGUGUUGGAUGUGUGGUGAAGAGCAAUCAGCAGAAACCAGAGGACAAUGAAGGUCCUGAGUCGGAGAGUCAUGGUGAGCAGCUGGUGGAGGGCAUGGGGUCCUGGGCAGCAGGCUCUGGUUUGUCCCCAAGAGAACAGUCUGAGCGGGAAUACCUGUUAGCUCUGUCUGCUCAGUACCAGGUGGACCUCUAUGACGACUGCUACAACCUAAUGGCUUCUUCACCUGAAUGUCAGCUGCUGAAGCAGGUAACCCGGGGCCCCUGGGGCCUUCCUACGGAGCCCACUCUCCGCAGAGCGACAGACACCACUGCAGUCCAGCUCAGCGAGAUGGUGUCCCUGCCGGUUCUGAUAAAACACUCUGUCACCACCCCACUCAUCACACAUGUGUCUUUGGUGAACAAGGCGGUGGUGGACUACUUCUUUGUGGAGUUGGGAGUUGAAAGACACUUUGAAGCACUGCGCCAUUUCCUGCUGAUGGAGGACGGCGAGUUUGCCCAGUCCCUCAGUGAUCUGCUCUUUGAAAAGCUGGGCAAUCGGCAGACUCCCGGCGAGCUGCUGACCCCCUUGGUCCUGAACUCCAUCCUCAGUAAGGCCCUGCAGUACAGCUUGCACGGGGACACGCCCUUGGCCGGCAACUUCACCUUCGCCCUUCGCUUCUUCCCGGAGACCUUUCACCCGCACGCCCCUGACUCCCUCAACUGCCUGGAGCUGCGCUACAAGGUGGACUGGCCGUUGAACAUCAUCAUCACGGACAGCUGCAUGAACAAAUACAACCGCCUGUUCUCGUUCCUGCUGCAGCUCAAACACAUGGUGUGGAGCCUCCGUGAUGUCUGGUUCCACCUGAAGAGAACAGCGCUGGUGAAAGGUGCGGGCCGCUCGGUGCAGUUUCGUCAGCUGCAGCUCUACAGACAUGAGAUGCAGCACUUCGUCAAGGUGAUUCAGGGAUACAUCGCCAACCAGAUCCUGCAGGUGUCGUGGAGCGAGUUCACAGCCAAGCUGGCCACUGCCAGCGACCUGGACGCCAUCCACCGCACACACGCAGACUACCUUAACAGGGCCAUCUUCAGGGGUUUGCUGACAGAGAAAGCUGCUCCAGUCAUGAACAUCAUCCACAGCAUCUUCAGCCUGAUCCUCAAGUUCCGGGCCCAGCUGAUCGCACAGCCGUGGGACAGCCAGCACGGCGAGGCGGUGCACCCCAGCUUCAUCGCCAUGCAGCAGUCGUACAACACCUUCAAGUAUUACUCGCACUUCCUUUUCAAAGUGGUGACCAAGCUGGUUAACCGAGGCUACCAGCCUCAUCUUGAGGAUUUCCUCCUUCGCAUCAACUUCAACAACUACUACAAAGACUCAUGAGCUGUGUGCCGGGUUGUUUCUAAGUUUUACAUGAGCUUGAAGUUUCACAGACAUGUUUGUUAGAUACCUAACCAAUGCAGCAGUGUACUCUGCAAUGUACUUGUUUAUAUUUUUUGUAUCUUAUCUCAGAUCAGAUCAUUUGACGUAUAUUUUAAACAAAGUUAUUCUGGCGUCCACGUCAGUGCACAGAAUUCAUUAAAACCCCACCUGGACUUAACUCUGAGAAAGGGUUUGACAUUGAAACCACAUUAGGCAAUCACCUCACAUCAACGUGCAGGAUGGGAACUACAUGCCUGCUGCUUGAUUAAUUAGUCUGCUUCUGAAAUGUGUAUGCUGCCAAAGUUUGUAAUUGUGAUGAAGCUAAUGCCUGUAAUGAAAUGUAAUGCCUCCCGUGCUCAGGUGAAACUCCAGCUGUGUAGAACUUGAAUGGAAAUGAUAUGUAAAUACUUAAGGAAAACGCUUAGUUCAAUAAAUGCUCUAUUGUUUCCUCUU